AUGGGCAUGUGCGUGGACCCUGGGGUUUUCCGGUGGUGUCAGGCAUUAAGCCGGUCGCGAUCGUGUGCCACAAGAACCACACCCAAAACGGACCCUCGGAAUGUUUUAUCAAGUUUGAAGGGUAUUGCUAGACAAGCUAGUGCGCGAGGUAGUUACGAAGGAUUCUUUGACGACAGACAAAUAGCAACAAUAAACGGAACAAAUUCUAAAGUGCAAACAGCUAGCAAUUAUACCAAUAAUAAUAAUAAUAAUAAUAAUAAUAAUAAUAAUAAUAAUAGAGUUGUUUAUGAACUUGAGGAAGACUCAGUGUGCUCCACGAAAACGGUAUGUGGCCCUACCAGUGCACGGGUCCGACGUAGAACGCUGAUUGACUCUACCGUUCAAAAUGGUGAUAAUUCGUUAAAUCGUCUGAUUUCGUGUCUUUUGCUGGUAUUGUAUUUCACGCUGGGCAGCUGUACAAUUAAUCCACCUCAAGAUGCAGUUCACAUUACGGCGAUCCUUGGAGAAAGCGUCGUCUUCAAUUGUCACGUGGAUUUCCCUGGCGAUCAUCCCGUUCCCUAUGUCUUGCAAUGGGAAAAGAAGGUGAGCGAAAAAGGGCAGGAGAUUCCCAUUUUUAUAUGGUACGAAAGCUAUCCAACACACAGCGGCGAAGGAUACGAAGGGCGAGUUUCUCGAGUUCCACCGAACUCUACGUUCGGUGCUGCGUCACUGAAUCUUACUGACAUACGCGAGUCCGAUCAGGGCUGGUACGAGUGUAAAGUAGUCUUUCUAAAUCGGCCUCCGAAACAACAUAAGAAUGGUACAUGGUUUCAUCUGGAUGUCCAUGCACCGCCGAGGUUUAGCGUAACGCCUGAAGAUAUAAUCUAUGUUAACUUAGGUGAUUCUAUCAUAUUAAACUGCCAGGCAGAUGGCACACCAACACCAGAAAUUUUAUGGUACAAGGAUGCCAACCCAGUGGAUCCGUCCUCUACUGUUGGUAUCUUUAAUGACGGCACCGAGCUGCGGAUUAGCACAAUCCGGCACGAAGACAUCGGCGAUUACACGUGUAUCGCGCGCAAUGGUGAGGGACAAGUCUCCCAUACUGCCCGUGUUAUAAUAGCGGGCGGCGCUGUAAUCAUGGUGCCGCCCACUAAUCAGACUAAGUUGGAAGGAGAGAAGGUGCAGUUUACUUGUGAAGCGAAGGCAAUGCCGGGAAAUGUUACAGUAAGAUGGUUCCGUGAAGGUUCACCUGUGCGGGAGGUUGCUGCCCUCGAGACGCGGGUCACGAUACGCAAAGAUGGUUCGCUCAUCAUCAAUCCGGUCAGCGCAGAUGAUUCCGGUCAAUACACAUGUGAAGUAUCGAAUGGCAUCGGAGAACCACAAAGUGCUUCGGCUUAUUUAAAUAUAGAAUAUCCUGCCAAAGUGACCUUCACCCCAACAAUACAAUACUUACCGUUUCGUUUAGCUGGUGUUGUACAAUGCUAUAUAAAAGCGAAUCCUCCUCUACAAUAUGUAACAUGGACCAAAGAUAAACGAUUACUGGAACCUUAUCAAACGAAAGACAUAGUUAUAAUGAACAAUGGGUCGCUCCUAUUCACGCGUGUUAAUCAAAACCACCAGGGGCGAUACACUUGCACACCAUAUAACGCCCAGGGAACGCAGGGUUCGUCCGGUCACAUGGAAGUGCUGGUACGGAAACCACCGUCGUUCACCGUCGAGCCCGACUCACUAUAUCAGCGAAAGGUGGGUGAAUCGGUCGAGAUGCAUUGCGACGCCCUGGAGGCAGAUGGCACAUCAAAACCAACUAUCCAAUGGCAGCGACGAGAUGGGCAGCCAUUGCAGAAAAAUCGUGUCAGGAUCAAUAGUGGAAACAUCACGAUCGAGAAUCUACGGCGCUCCGAUUUCGGCUACUAUCAAUGUGUUGCCUCGAAUGAGGUGGCCACGAUCGUGUCCGCCACUCAGCUAGUCAUCGAAGGAACGCAGCCGCAUGCACCAUACAAUCUGAGUGGAACGGCCACAGAGUUUUCCGUAACAUUGUCGUGGAUGCCGGGCUAUAGCGGCGGGCCAGACUACAAACAGGACUAUACGAUUUGGUACAGAGAAGCGGGAGUGUCCGAGUGGUCCACUAUUCCCGUGACUCCUUCCGGCAGUACUCAGGUCACCAUUAAUCGAUUGUCUCCUGGAACUACUUACGAGUUUCAGGUGAUCGGCAAGAAUGCGCUGGGUGACGGUAUGAUGAGCAAAGUAAUAACCAUACGGACUUUAGACGCUCAAAAGGCUAAGAAACCUUCGACGACAACGGCGGCGCCCAACGAUAAAGAAUUCAAACAUGCAUCAGAAGACUUGGGUCCGAAGCCGGGUCAGCCAAGAAACGUGACGGUGGUGGAGAUACCGAACGGAUUCUUGAUUUCAUGGCAGGUCCCGCUCGAACGGGCUCACCUCGUGCAGUUCUACACGAUAAAGUACCGCACUGAUGCGCAGUGGAAGACACUCAACCGAGGCCAGAUUCGACCGGAAGAGACAUCUUAUUUAGUGAAAAACUUGGUAGGCGGAAGGACUUACUACUUCCGAGUGCUCGCCAACUCUCUGAAGAGCUAUGAAACAAGCGAAGAAAUUAAGUUUCCCGUUCCUGCGCGGGUUAAACACAAAGCCAUAACUGCUGGUGUUGUCGGUGGCAUACUUUUCUUCAUCGUAGCUAUCAUUCUGUCGAUCUGUGCCGUUAAGAUAUGCAAUAAGCGUAAGCGUAGAAAACAAGAAAAAGAACUCAACAUGGUAACGGCGAGGAUUACGGAUAGAAAUGCACUUACUCAACCAAUACCAUUGAGAAGAUACAUGCAAGGAGAAAGCAAAGCAAGCCGAAUACCCGGCCUAAACAUACUGAUAGCUAUAUUACACUGGAUUUGGCCACCAGGACGUUGUCAAAACUGUGAUUCUAUAUAUUCGAAUAAAUUAACGGGCGACCAAUCGAUGAACGUAGGUCAAAUUCAUCGCGCAGCCGAUGGAAGGUUUGUGUUGUCGCAAGAUCUUGUGGAUGGCAUCGUGUCGCUGCGCAAUAGCAUCGUAUCGCAGUACAGCAGCAGCGAUGAUGGAGGCUUUCUGCCCAAGCGACUUCCCUCACUCACGAAGGCGUCCUGGCGACGGCCGCUCGUCUCAUACCCGAGUCAACUAAGCCUACAGAUGGAAGCUGCGUUCGGGGGCCGUGGAGUUUCUCGUGUUGAAGGUAGGAUGCAAAUGGCGCAACCUCAGCAAUCCCUGUAUACUAACACCAUACCAGAAAACAACUUGAUGAUCUCCUCGAUAAGCAACGCAGCAUCCAUACCGCCCACGUUGGCUCAAACGAUCUAUACUACCCCGUCUAGAGUAUCUAAGGUUAUCGCCAGCUCGCCGGCCACUUCUAGCCCGCAGGUAGUCAAUUCCCCCUGGUCACCAUUAUACUUCAGUGAUCUCAGCUCGGUCCACCAUCUCAGUUCAGCUGAGCGUUCUUUUCCGACGCCACAGAGCAUUCAUUCAAUGCAUCGGUAUUACAAUCAUGAGCUGCCAGUGCUGCAAAGUCUGCAGAAUAUGUCGUCAAGCCACCACCAUUAUCAUCACCACCAUCAUCAUCCAUCACACGGGUUUAUACCAGUGUCAGACGUCCCUGUCAGCUUGCCUUACUAUUAUGGUCAAUCGAGCAUACGGCCGUCGCUGCAGGAACCUGCAAACCAGCAAAACUUAUAUCAGAACGUACCAUGGGAAUACUACAGCGGAUCUGGAGCUGCCACCGGAGGCACCUAUUCAUAUAGCAAUCGUGCAAAGCAUCUGUCGCGAUACCACACUCGGAGCAUGCCAAGAAGCUUGAGCCGUGCCAUUCCGGAGCUACGCUCGCCGGUUUUGAAUCUAAAUUUAAGCACAACUCCACUCACAGCCGGUGGAGCGCUGGAAAACUCGCCUCAGAGCUAUUCUAGUUCGAGUGGCUUUGGAAGCAAAAACACGUCCAGCAAUACGCAACCGAACGGCAAUAUCACCGUUGUAGGCGCUACUGCACCUGCGAGUAUGAGCCACAAUUUGUUGCGUGAGUGGCGUUAUCUGCCACCGUAUAGGCCACCACCGCCUCCACCAAGCCUACAUCACGCAGCGCCACUGUCCAUCGGUGGAGGUCGGUUUGAAAAUCCACCGUACUCGAUGUCCCACUGGUUGGAGCUAAUCACAAGGCUAAACAUCGCCUCGGAAAAGGCUAAUAUCAACAAUACGGCUGACGUUGGCAGCGUUGAUGGUCACUACGAGUUUGAUCCAUCUACGCCCACACCCACGGCUUCUACUCCGACGGGCAUGAUCCGUGACGAUUUUCAUCAUUUGAUGACGCUCCCCUCGACGUCGAGCGACCUGUUGUGGAGUGCUACCGGGUUGGCUGGCGUUGUAUCCUCGCUGAGUGGCGGCAGAAAACGCGGCCAAUCACGGUACGACAAUAUCGAUGCACGUGUUCAGGCUAUGAAGGAGGAGUUUUACGAGUACCGCAAACGACAGCAGCUGCAGGCCGUUAGUAGACCGAGUGCAGUGGAGCUCGAGAGUGCCUGCUAAGUGACACUUCCUUUGAUUUGUAAUUUCGGACAAACACUUUCUUUGUGUUGGUAGUAAGUAUAUGUUUCCAAAAUGCUGGCCAAUCGUGCGUCGUUUACAGCAACAUCUCUGGCAUUGGACAAUGGGUAAAUAAGAUUCAAAUGAUUGAUGCAAUGGGUGUUUCCCGAUACAGAGUUGUUUUACGUUAUUCAAAUUAAACCUUGUAUGAGUACUGGAAGGUGCUGCACAAAGCAAUAGCAACAAUACUAUUUGGUAAGGCAAAAUUCUCUUCGGGUAUGUUAGUUUAUUAUUCUAUUUUCAAGUUGAAAGCCUAUGCUUUUUAUUUGUGAUUUGAUGUAUUACAAGCAAACAUACAAGAAAUGCCACGCUGUUCUGCAGGACAGUACCCAACAAUAUUUUCAAUAAGCAUAAAGAAAACGAUAAAUCCUUAACAUAUACGAUGGCGUAACUAUAUUGAAAUAUAAUCGAGAAACAGAUAAAAAGAGAGAUAGCAAAAAAAAUCAAGAUUUGCCGCAGUGGGAAAGCAAACAACAAAAAUGUUAUUUCAGAACACGUAUAGAAGCACACUCACCUUUACUGAUACUAAAGUCACUCAUUUCACAAGAAAAAAACUUAAAUGGAACAAUACCAUUUGUAAGCGAUAAAAUAAAACAAAUUUCUGCACAUAGGAAAGCGGUUAAAAUGGACAUGAGAUCAUGAAAACUAGGUAACCACAUAAUUAGUAUAUAUGUUCUUCAAUUCGAACAAUAUUCACCUUCUCAGAUGAAUAAAACAAAAAGAAGAUAAAAAGAAAGCAGAAAAAGCGAAAAAAACUAACAAAACAUAUGAAUGAUAUAACGAACGACACAAGACAACAAAGCAACACGUACUAGUACAUAAGAGGUUAUAAGUAAGAUAUAAUCCAGUAGCUUAGUAGUCGCAAAUGCAAAGACAUCGAUGUCGUUGCGCAUAUGCCGUGGGGUCAAUGAUGGUAGUAGUGAAUGAAACAAACAUGAUAAGAAACAAACAAACAAAUACAAAAAUGAAUACAAUUAUUGUUGACUAGCUGGUGUCGGAAAUUCCCAGCUUCAGUUGGCCGGUAUUGGAAGGAAGCCAUUCAUUCUAAACUAGCAAAAAAAUUCCAAAUUAUAAAAAAGAGUGCAGAUGAAGGUAAAGUUGGAAGUGAGUAAGAAGAGCUAAUGCUUUUCUUAUAACUCCCAAACGCCGGCAUCGGAAUGCGUGGGCGACGGACGCUAUAUUGUAUCCGGAAGCAACAUGAUCGUGUGAUUUUGAAGAGAAAAAAUUGACGAUGCGUAUAGUUGAUACGAUUAAGUUUUGAUUAGUGCUUUUAUUUUUAUGCGCAACAUAGUUAUAGGCAAUAGGACAUCGGACAAGAUAAAAGAAUACUUUUAAGGGCCAUGUAAUGAACAUGUGUUUUUAGGAAGACAGUCCACUAGGUGCGCGAAGAGCCUUUGGCAAUACGGAUGUUUACGGCGCAAGAAGCAAAUCAAUCUCAUUCAAAGUAAACCUUGUUGGUGGGUACAUUUUAUUUACUUUAGUUAUACAGAGCAUUAUACAAAUAAUUGAGUUUGUUUGCAAUUUGUUUUCUUUUAUUGUUACGUAAUUUAAAAUAUUUAUACGAGACAUCGAACUGUCGUGAUAAGCAAGCAUUUAUUUUCGUUAUAUUUCGUAUAUUUUUUCAAUUGCGCGAGACUAAGCGAAAUAGAAUAUCUUGGUAGCACCGCUUUACGUUAUAUAGUUGUACGAGCAAAACCAAUGAAAAAAUCAAACAAAAAACAUGUUUACAAAUGAUUUCAACACGUCAUUUCAUACGAUUCUCAUGGGUUUCUGUUAAAAGAACCUCCGCAGUUGUGCUGGAUUUGGUGAAUAUAACAAUGCCGGGUUGCAUUAAAUUGUUUGUUUGAGUUCAAAGAAUAUUUGAAAUAUUUGCAACAGAUUCACGAAAACGUUUUACUGGUUUCAGGGUUCACAUACGGCGGGCGUUUUAAUUUAUGAAAGUAAAACAAAAUCGUCGUAAGUCGACGUACUUGCGGGAAAGCAUGGAUCAAUACCCAUCAGACCCGUGAUGAUGAUGAUGGGUUAUGUAACAUCGCUGAUUAUUGAUAAGAGAAUCAAUGAUAUUUCCACGACAUGAAGAGCAAUUGAUAUAACACUUACAAAACGAUUGGCUAACAUGAUUUUGGACAUAUGAAAACGAUCUAUGACUAAAAGCAUCGUAGAGAACACAACACAGCAAAAAACACACAUAAUAACACAGAUCGUCUAAUCGCGUAAUUUGUACAUAUUCCUUGUUCUCGUAUGAUUUUCUAUAACAAGUAUAGAGGAAACAGAACCGACAUACAUACAUUCCAUUAGCUUCUAGUUUAUAUCGAAUAAGGUUUAGAAGAAACACUUAAAAUAAUAACAAUUAUCGGAUUAGAAAAUGGAUGCUAUUGAAUAUGUAACGAAAUUUAAAAGUAUAAAAGCCAAAAAAAAUUCUGAUUAUAAUUUUCAAUAAACCUAUUAAGUUAGAACUUUCCGCGAAACAACUGGUUCGUUUAAUACGCUUGCAAACUCCUCCUGUCGCAGUAUUCGAACCUACAGUUGAAAUUGAGAUAAAUUUUGCAAGUUUCUCUAAAUGUGAGAGCCAACCUAGAGCAAUACGCGGUUAGUUAAAGCAAACAAACUAAUAAAAACAGUGCAAAUAAGUUAAAGCAGUUCGUUUUACGUUCCAGAAUUUUGUGACUGGUAAGAUCGAUAUUAAUUUAUUGUUGCAAUGCAUUUAUUUAUUUAUAAAAUCAGCAUUAGAAGAUUAAUUCUACGUAAAAAAGACAGAUUGUAUGAUUUGUAAUGAAAAUAAAUAAAUCUAA